CUAUCUUUACUGAAAUAAUGAUGAUAUAUAUAGCCUCAAUAGCCAACCAUCUACAGUUAAAAGUACAGGCAUAAUCAUAAGUAUAGGACAUGGCAGAUAUUUUACUAGUAUACUACUAAAGAGAGAGAAUGAGGGGGAGACAAAAUUGUUUGAGCGGACCUUUGGGGGAACAGUCCGUCCGUGGGGGGAAUACUGAAUCACUCCAGGAUGCUUUUGCAGAAGUCUUUGCGCUGUCAUACCACGGCGCAUUCCUGAAAAGGGAAUUCACAGAAUGUCACUGAAAGAGCGACGUUCUCCCGAAGGGCAUGUCACAGUUGUCUGCAUCCCCAAAUCCCGUGGAUUUUUAACUGAACAAGAAAGGACGCAUAUCAAGUUAGCAUCUUAAAGAAGAGGAAAAGAGGAAAUAGAAAAAGAUGCAGGGGGAUAUAGGGUCCCAGCGGAGUUUCAGUGUGUUGGACCGACUCCUCCACACACACCCCGUCUGGCUGCAGCUGUCCAUCAAUGCUGACUCCGCCCUCUAUAUCCUGCUCAGAGAACCUGUCGGGACAUUCCUGGUGCGUAAGUGCAGCUCCAGCCAGAGGAAGUUGUUGUGUGUCAGAGUGACCGCAGACCGAGCAGCAUCCUCCAUUAAGGAGUGUCUCAUAUGUGAGGAAGACUCCACCUUCGCCUUGGAGAGCUCCGCCCUCAGCUUCCCAGACCUCUGCCGAUUGGUGGCCUUCUACUGCAUUAGCAGGGAUGUGCUGCCUUUUCCACUGGAGCUCCCAGAAGCCAUUGCUCAGGCCUCCACCCACAGGAAGCUGGAGGCCAUCUCCCAUAUGGGAUUAGAGUUCUGGAGUUCACUCUCUGACACCCAGAAUGGACCUGGGGAUCUACAGGCUCCACCCACCAUCAAGGCUUCACCCAUUACCACCAAGACUCCGCCCACCAGUGCCAUGCAGGUCAAGGCGGGUCUGUCCCAUGACCUGUGUUACUUGCUGUCCCGCGGCAGACAGGAGUCUCUCUGCUUCAUUAACCCUCUCUUUCUCCAGCUUGAGCAGCAACAGCAGCCGCAACAGUCGAACCCGGGGGCGUCCCACAAACGCCACCGCUUCAAACGCAGCAUGAGGGUCCGUGUCUCUACAGAGAGCUCCAUGACUCUGUCUGGUUGUGGAGGUGGUGGAGGGGGGGCUGGGUCAUUCCCCUUGCCCCCACCGGAGAACCCCAAGGACCAGGAGAGGCUCCAGCCCACACCCCUCCAGCCCAGUCCCAAACCGCACAGAAAGGUCCAUCCUGGGGCUGGCGUCCUGAGGAAAACCCCUGCACUGUCCCCCAUGUCGGCCGAGGAUGAGGACCUCGUGCCUGUACCGCCAGCGGCUCCAACAGAUCCUCCAGUGGGGGAGGUAGAGGAGGACCCAUCUGCUCCAGAGGAGCCCAGCAUCGAAGAGGCGUGCUUGGCCUUGGAGGGCCACCCAGCCCCCUCUCUGGCCCAACUGGACAGCAGCAGCUCUUUCAGCAGUCUGGAGGAAGAGGACCCAGGAGCAGAAGCAGAGGACCAGUUCUUCAAACAACCAAACCCCAACCCUCAGCACCGCCCGCCCCUGGUGCGCUCGCGGGGGGGUCACGGAGGCCUGCAGAGGAUGAGCGCUGCGUUUGUGUGUUUCUUUGCUCCAGAGAAGAGGCUCGCCAGGCUGGUGGAGGAGCUGUCCCGGGAACGGAGGUCUGCGUUUGGUUCCUUGGUCCAGGAGUUCCUCCAGAAGCAGAAAGAGGAGCUGAGAGGGGUCUUGACCCAGGCUGCCUCUUCAUCGUCGUCUUCCUCGCCGAAGUCCUCCUUGGCGGUGCUCCAGGGGCUGCGGUGCUUCUUGUCCCAGGCCAAGAGCUUCCUGCUGGACAGCGGAGAACUGUCGCCCCCCCUAGAGACCCUGGUGCCCGACAACGAGAAAGACCUAGCCCUGGAGAAGGCCAUGUUUGGCUGUGUGCUGAAACCUCUGAGGGUGCUGCUAGACCAGGCCCUCCUCUCCCUCCACAGACAGGACGGCUCCACCCAGCACCUGGCCUCUAGUCUCCUGGCCUGCCAAGAGGGGGCGAUGGAACGCCUCGGAGUGCUGGUGGGCGUGCCCGACACACGCGGAGUGGAGAGGGUGAGGCAGAAGCUGGGCCUCAUGCAGCGCACCCACUCACCCAUAGACAAGGUGCUGCUUCUGCUGCAGGUCUGCAAGUCGGUCCAGAAGGCCAUGGGGGCCCUCCACGACGGUGGACAGGAAGUGAGCUCUGAGGACUUCCUGCCGGCGCUGUCCUAUGUGAUAGUGAUGUGUAACACGCCUCAGAUCCUACUGGAGGUGGAGUACAUGAUGGAACUACUAGAGCCCUCCUGGCUCACUGGGGAGGGUGGCUACUACCUGACCAGUGUCUAUGCCAGCCUCUGUCUGAUCCAGAGCCCUGAAGCGAAGGGGGACCAAGUCCCCCCAGGAGGUCUGACCCGCGAGGCCCUGGACGGGCUGAGGGAGUGGGGCCGCAGACGCAGCCUGGAAGCCAAGAGCAACCGUGAGAGACAACAGAACCAGAGGUGUGUUCGGGUACUGUUCCAGGACGGCGAGCGCAGCGCUGUGCGGACGCUGCAGUGGAGAGCCGGGGAGAGCAGCGAGGCCCUAGCCCGGCUCUGUGCCUCCACCUUCGGCGUCUCCGAGCCCCAGGACUACACCCUCUACUGGAGGUCCGGGGGGGAGAUGAGGACCCUUCCCACCCAGACACAGCCUCAGGACCUGGCCAGCCACAGUGAGGGAGGCCCCUCUCUCUCCUACCUUCGCACGGACCACGACUUCAGCAAGAUGCGGCGCCUGACCAGAGGGGGAGCUGUGGACCUGGGGGAGUCCGUGUGUGAGGAGUGAAGGAGGGAGGGCGAUGGAAGGAAGGAGGGCGAUGGAGGGAGGAAGAGGAGGUGGAAGAGUUCUUCUCGGAUCUCAGCGUUUUUUCGAUUUAUUGAUUGAUUAAAAAAGCUGUGUUGUGUCUUGGACGUGUUGUCAUAACUACAGCUCUCACUAAAGACUAAGGGGCAAGUCUCAAUUGGCACCCUAUUCCAUAGUGGAGGUUUAAAAGUUGUGCACUGCACUGUAUGGGCUCUGGUAAAUAGGGUGUCACUUGAGACUCAGCCUUAGAGGAAGGGCAGAUUGGUUGUCUAUUAUUCACAUCACUUCUGUCAAUCUGCUGCUCCUUGGUUGGAACCAUAGAAUUAGAAUGAAUUCUAUAAAUUAUAUUUCUAUGUUCAGAACCCUGUUGUUAAGGGUUGGGGGGGGGGGCCUAAAACACUAGCUACCGGUAUGUCCUUGCUACUGUAACGUAAGAGCGACGGAAAUAUUUUUUGUAAGACGGAACCUCAAUACCAAAGUUAAGAAAGUAAAGUCAUACACAUAGGAAUGUGUGCAGCUCCGAGGACAAUCUUUGCUUUAAGGUUCUUUUGACUUAUUUACAGUGUUACAGAUAAAGAAGGAGUGAAUAAGAGCCAAUACAGGCAAACGCCAUGAAGCCAUUUUGGAUUGUGAGUCUGAGGUACUGUUGAUGUUGGCUCUGCCACCUCUAGUCACUUACUGUUGAUGUUGGCUCUGCCACCUCUAGUCACUUACUGUUGAUGUUGGCUCUGCCACCUCUAGUCACUUACUGUUGAUGUUGGCUCUGCCACCUCUAGUCACUUACUGUUGAUGUUGGCUCUGCCACCUCUAGUCACUUACUGUUGACAGGAUUGUGGGAAAACCAUUUUUUUACUUUACAAAUAGAAAACUGGUUUGAGGAAUUUUGUUGAAAGGCACAAUAUUUCCUUGUUUUAAGAUUUUUGCCAACUGAAUGUCUCUUUAUGAUUAAAAAGGGACACAUUUGUCAAAAUAAUUACUUUUUUUUCUGUUUCACUUUCUAUUACUGUUUCCAUUGAACUGCUUUAAUAUUCCAUGACAAAAGUAGCUUCUGAGAGAAAAGACCAUCUACGUGACAAUGGCCAAUAAAACUGCCUCAUGGCGAUUAGCUGAAUGUAAAGUCACCUAAGUGGCCAUGGCGACGACUCCUGCUGCAGAUCAUCUUUGCCAACUGACUGUUCAACUUAAUGUUAACACUUAUAAUGUAUUAUUACAAUAAUGAAUUGUAAAAAAAAAAAAAAGUUGGAAUAGUUAUAUUGAGUAUGAAUCACACAUUUCUAAAAAUCAAAGUGAGAUAUUUACCUUUAUGUAAGCUUUUACUGGAGAUGGGGUUCUUUAAAGAAGAACAAGGACACAUUGAGGACUAUUGCAUGCUCUUUUCAUUGAAUGUAAAGACUUUGCUGGUUUCGUAUGUGAUGCAUGUGUUGACUGUGUUGAAAAAGGCAACAUAAUGGCAUUCACUAUUUCAUUGGCUGUAUAACACAUUGCUGUAUUUUGUCCAGUAAUACAAAAUCGCAAUAAAAUUGCAUUAUCUGUUCAUAGUGCUACUACA